CCUCAGCGGCACUUUUGCGCCAGACAAGUAGGGACGGUCUCUGGCUCAGCGGUGGAGAAGAGAGAGGAGAGAGAUAGAGAAAAAGAAAAACAGUACGGGAGAUCCGGGAAUUAUACCGACUGACGGGAGAUUCAUCCUCCUUCUUUUCCCCCCUUUUUUUUAAUCUUUAUAACCUUUUGGCAUUUUUUUUUUUUUUUGUUUGUUCGCAAAGAUGAUCGCUGGCCGCAUCCUGCUGGCGUGCACCGUACUCGUGGGCGCAUCCUCGGGGAGCAGGGCGGGCCAGAACCUGAAGCCUCCCUGCAGACCCGGCUUCUCUCAGAACUUCUACACGGUGAUCGUCCCCAGAGACGUUCUGCACGGCCAGAGCAUCCUCAAAGAUACCACCCUGUCCAGCAAGCGUGUGAAGUUUGAGGAUUGCCAACACAGCAGAGAGGUGGGCUUUGUCAGCAGCGACCCCAACUUCAGCGUGAGACCCGACGGGAGUGUGUACACGGAGCAGGAAGUAGCCAACCUCUCCGAGCCCGUCCAGUUCAUGGUGACAGCGCGGGGACUGCACGACCCGCACAUCUGGGAGACCACCGUGAAGCUGGCCCUUGCCGGACAUCUUCACCCUCUACCGCUGACAAAGAUCGGCUUUGAAGAAAUGCUGUCACGGGUGUGGGAGUCCCAACCCAGGGUUAUCAAGUUCUCUCGAAGACAUCAGAGAGGUUCCUCUGCGAACAGCUUGAGGCGGCAGAAGAGAGAUUGGGUCAUCCCACCUAUCAACGUUCCUGAAAACUCCCGAGGACCUUUCCCACACAUGCUUGUCAGGAUCCGCUCGGAUCAGGAUAAGGACGUCGGCAUCCGCUACAGCAUCACGGGCGCCGGCGCCGAUCAGCCUCCGAGCGGAAUCUACAACAUAGACCCCAUCAGCGGCAACAUGUUCGUCACCCAGCCCCUGGACCGCGAGGAGAGAGCCUCCUUUCACCUGCGAGCCCACGCGGUGGACAUGAACGGGAACCAGGUGGAGAACCCGAUCGACCUGUACAUCUACGUGAUCGACAUGAACGACAACAGACCCGAGUUUCAAAACCAGGUUUACAAUGGCUCGGUGGCUGAAGGGUCCAAACCAGGCUCGUCCGUGAUGCAAGUGAUGGCCACGGAUUCGGACGACUCCACCACGGCCAACGGCAUGGUGCGCUACCGGAUCCUGUCGCAGACCCCCCACAGUCCCAUCCCCAACAUGUUCACCAUCAACAGCGAAACGGGAGACAUCGUUACCGUGGCCGCCGGGCUGGACAGGGAGAAAGUGUCACAGUACACCAUCAUCGUCCAGGCCACGGACAUGGAGGGCAAUCUGAACUUUGGGCUCUCCAACACGGCCACGGCGCUCAUAUCCAUCACCGACAUCAACGACAACCCACCAGAACUGACAGGCAGGACGUUUUCCGGAGAGGUGCAGGAGAACAAGGUGAACGUCGUGGUAACCAACCUGACUGUGAUGGACAGGGAUCAGGCCCACACCCCCAACUGGAACGCUGUCUUUCGAAUCGUCAGCGGCGAUCCGUCGGGACACUUCACCAUCCGCACAAAUCCCAUCACGAAUGAGGGAAUGCUCACAGUGGUCAAGCCGGUGGAUUUCGAGAUGAACCGCGCCUUCAUGCUGACGGUGGUGGUGUCCAAUCAGGCCCACCUGGCGAGCGACAUCCAGUCCUCGCUUCAGUCCACGGCGGGGGUCACCAUCUCUGUCCAGGAUGUCAACGAGCCGCCGGUCUUCCCCGUCAACCCCAAGACGAUCCGUUUCGAGGAGGGCGUGCCGGCGGGGACCACACUCACGGUGUUCGCAGCUCAGGACCCCGACCACUUCAUCCACCAAAUUGUCAGGUACUCGAAGCUCUCCGACCCAGCUAACUGGCUGAAGAUCAACAGAACCAACGGUCAGAUCACCACAAUGGCCUUGCUGGACAGGGAGUCCAUGUAUGUCAAAAACAACAUGUAUGAAGCCACGUUCUUGGCGUACGACAAUGGUAAGUCUGGUUCGCCCCAGGCCAGCGGGACUGGGACGCUCCAGAUCUACCUGAUUGAUGUCAACGACAACGCUCCCGUGCUGAUACCCAAGGAGGCGCAAAUCUGCGAGCGAGCCCGGCCCAACUCCAGAAUCAACAUCACGGCUUCGGAUGCAGACGCCGAGCCCAACGUCGGGCCGUUUGUCUUUGAGCUGCCUUCGUUUCCUGCCAGCAUCCGCCGGAACUGGACCAUCUCCAGGCUGAGCGGCGACUAUGCUCAGCUCAGACUGAGGAUUCCUUACCUGGAGGCAGGCGUCUACGUGAUCCCGGUCAUAGUGUCCGACUCGGGGAACCCGCCUUUGUCCAACCGCUCUAUGAUCAGGAUCAAAGUGUGUCCCUGCGACAACAAUGGGGACUGCAGUGCUACAGGGGCAGUGGCGGCCGCUGGCCUCGGCACCGGAGCCAUCAUCGCUAUCCUCAUCUGCAUCAUCAUACUGCUGAGUAUGGUUCUGCUGUUCGUGGUGUGGAUGAAGCGCAGAGAGAAGGAGCGGCAAGCAAAGCCCCUGCUGAUCGACCCAGAGGACGACGUCAGAGACAACAUCCUGAAGUAUGACGAAGAGGGAGGUGGAGAAGAAGACCAGGACUACGACCUGAGCCAGCUGCAGCAGCCGGAGUCACUGGACCACAUCAUCAGCAAGCCAACAGGGGUGCGCCGGGUCGACGAGAGGCCCGUGAUUGCUGAGUCGCAGUACCCAGUCAGACCCAGCGUCCCCCACCCGGGGGACAUAGGAGACUUCAUAAACGACGGUCUGAGGGCCGCCGACAACGACCCCACCGCCCCGCCGUACGACUCCUUGCUGGUGUUCGACUAUGAGGGUAGCGGUUCGACCGCCGGCUCUGUCAGCUCGCUCAACUCCACCAGCUCAGGAGACCAGGACUACGACUACCUCAACGACUGGGGUCCGCGUUUUAAGAAGCUGGCAGAUCUCUACGGCGGAGGAGCGGACGACUGAGAGAGGGGCGCUGGUGGCGGGGGGGCGCGGACUGUGGCAGGGGUCUGCAGAGGCAGGAACGGUCGAGAGAGGAUGUAAAGUACCCGACAACAAGAAGAAACCAUGGAAGAGAGCUGAGAGGAACGGACCCUUUUCCAUGGGUGGCAGUAGUCGGCCGAGCCUGCAGACGUGAACUCCGCUGCAAUGCAACUGUAUUCUGGCUUUAUGGUUUUUAGUGCCGAGUUUGUAGUGUGACAUUUUCACUUUUACUUCUUUUUCUUUUUUUUUCCGUUCUCUCGCCACGCUGGACCUGGAUUCUUCCGGGGACGAAUCAAGGCGGGCCGCGAGACACACGAGUAGUGAAUUUUGUGCUUUGAUUGAUUGUUGAAAACAAAACUAUCUCCGGCUUUAGUCUCACACUGAAGAGAAUGUUUUUAUUUCGAGGGAAAGAGGGGGAAGGGGGCGCUCACCGACUCUCUCUUUAACUCUUUGUCAACUUGAAUUUCCUUAGAACAGAAGCACUGUCAUUUUAUAAAGUGCCUUUUGUGGUGUGUUUUUGUAUCAGACUCCUGCUAUCUCAGGAUUGGUUGCUGUUCGUGCAGUACAACGGGGGCGACGCGCUCUGUUGUUUGCCCCGUCAUCCUCAGACCAGCCCUGCCCGUCUCGUUUUGUUUUAUCCUCGCCCAAACGCAAACAUGCAAACAGCCCCGGCAGCCUGUCCCAGGAGAGGGAGGACACAACCCAGGGCGGACUACCGGAUCCCAUAACCCAUCGAGUUAAAGAGUUGUCGAGGGAGGGUUGAACCACCCUCUUCUCAAAGAACCUGCUCAGUCCACUAGCAUCCUCCCCUAACCUCCAAAACCCUGGUCUACCCAGUGUCAACAUUUUUUUAUACGUGUUGGGGGUUUUAUAAUUUAUUGGAGAAUGCUUGCCUUUCUUCUGUGGACUCAUGAGGUUUUAAGGAGCCUUUGUGUUGAGACGCUUGCCUGCCCCUUGUAUGGUUUUGUGUUGCUAACUCCACGGUGUAAAGCUUAACGUAGGCAUGAUUCGAUUAGUCCGAAAAACGUUGAUCGAGGGGAACUCAAAUGACUCGCAACGAAGACGCCUGAAGAAGAUUCUUUUGGUCGCCUUGAACAUUCUUGUUUAUUCUUGUUUCUUUUUUUGGUUUUGUUUUUUGUUUAGGCCGACAAAGCUAUUAAAAGGUGCAUGAUUUUUUUAUUUUUAUUAUUUUUGGUUUAGUUUUUUGUUUUCUUCAGAUGUUUUACUCAAAGCACUUGUUACUCUGUGGUGAGAAUGUGAAAAUAGUCAGCAGAAACUAUAUGAAUAUACUCUGUAUAAAGAAACUGAGAAAAUAAAAAAAAUACUGUAAAAUACAUAUUUUUCAAGUAUCAAUGACAUGUAAGAGGGAAAAUAAGUAUUGACACUGGUCAGCGUUUUGUCAGGAGAUAGAUGCAUAACGGGCCUAUCACAUUCCAGACAUUGGUAGUUAUCCACGUAAUCUAAACGCAUGCAAAGAAAUCGAAACAAAUUUCAGUUUUUACGCAGAAUCUCAGCUCUUUAUCGAUUCAAUAUUUGUGUUAGCUAAUUUACUUGUAACUGAUGAAAAGGUAUUUUAUCACCAUUGUAUCACAGAAGACCUUCACAACCUCCAUGUGGUAAAUAAAAUAAUUAGUUUGGUUUACAAAUUUA